GCUGCACAAAAACAUCACGGGUGGCUGAUGCAGCUGCGUGUGCUACAAAUACAGCACAUGGUGGCACUUGGAAGCUGUCGGUAACGACGGACACGGAUUGGCUUUAAAUUCCGACUUUGUUUUGACGCUGACAUUAAAAUUUAAGUUGCUUAAAAGUUACUUUAACAGCACUUAGCUGCAAACUUUGAAGUAGUCUGUCCGAGUGGAAAACUGAAGAGGAGUUUUCGAACUUCACUUUGUAGCAGCCACCUCAAAGCUAGCAUGUCGACUGGUCCAAAGCAAGUCAAAAGCUGCCCAAUUCCGACCAAGGUCCUCACCCUGAAGGACUGGUCCCAGCUCCCAGACUGUUACAGCCAGACACCCGGAGGGACCCUCUUCUCCACCACACCUGGAGGUACCCGCAUCAUCUACGACAGGAAGUUUCUCUUGGAUUGUCGAAACUCUCCUCUUGCCCGGACCCCUCCAUGUUGCCUGCCCCAGAUCCCCGGGGUAACGGUACCGGCCACACACCCCAUGGGGAAACUGCAGGACCUUAAGGAGGAGGCAGAGGAGGAAGAGAAAGAUAUUGCAGAUGACAGCCAGUUUGAGAUGGACAUCUGAGCUCCAGUGUUACCUCCUGUGGAGAGUUAUUGGUUUAAAUGCCUAUAAAAGGUCAUUAAUGACUGUAAAGCAUUGAGUUUAAAGCUUUCCCUUUUUUUAUUUUUAUUUUUUUAGGAACCAGCCAAAAAAAAAAAAAAAAAAAAAAUCUGGGAAAUGUAGGGUUUUUUCCUACCCUAUUAAAAAAAAUGGUGUGUUGGACAAUGCAAUGGUAUUGACUAUAUUAGGUUGAUUUGGUUGCUCACUUAGAGCUACAGCAGGAUUGAAAAGGAAAAAUAAUUUUGAUUUUUUUUAUCUUUUGUAAAUAAGAAACUUGUACUAUGUAGCCUAUUUUUUAAGUUGGGGAAGGUGAUUACAUUAAAAGAUGUAUAAAAAGAUUUUUCAAUACAUGCCAACACUUUUCUUCUUUUUUUCCCCGCUGGAAAGGAAGGCUAACUUUCUUUGCAAACAAGUGCCUCCUGAUAGAUGUCAGAGGCCUAAAAAAAAAAUCAGCUCUUUGUUUUGUAUGAAAGGAGUGAUGAUAUGUGAAAAUUUCAAAUAAAGGCUGGGAUUUGUCAACA